AAAGACGUAGAACUUGUCCAACUUUGUCAGUAUAAAUACGAAAAUGGCUAAGCAAACUGAUCACAUUCAAAGAAAAAUUAAUUUUUCAAAGCAGUUAAUAUAAAGAGAGAAGCAAAGUUCGAGCACUAACGAAAUUUGGGUUGGGGGAUUGAUUUGUGCUGGAAAUUGAGCCAUUUGGAUUUGGUGGAAACGAUUGGACGGAGCUUUAAUUCUAUAUUAACUGUAAAAUCGUAUAUACUUGUAAGAGAAGCUUAAUUUGGACCUACAUUUGAACCAAACUGUACAGAUGUAUCCAAUGAAUAGGUUCAUGGACUCACAUCCUUGUCAAAGGAACCAAGUACCUUACAAUCUUCAUUAUUAUCCCCACUAUAUGAACAUUGAUCCAAUUAGAUCUCCUUUACCUUGUGAAUCUUGGCCUUGUGGUGGUAGCAAUUGGCAUCCUUAUCCACCCCAGAGUCACAGUUGCUGUAUCCAUAACAAUUCUCCGAGCCAGUGUGCCUUCAGACCUCCGUAUGCUUACCCUCCACCACCUACCUACAGCAACUGUGGUUAUCCUGCAUAUCCUGUGAUGUAUCCUACUCAUUAUGGUCCUCCUCCACAUAUUAAUGUGGAGCAGCCCCGAUACGAAUAUGAAAAGAAUAUGGAUAGAGAUCAUCACUGCUGUGGUUGUCCAAAUCAUCAAUGUGGUAGUAAGAAAGGAGGGAGCAAUGUCAAAAUAGAAGAACAUGACCGGGAUAAGAAAAACGAAAGCAACGAGUCAUUGGUUCCUUUUGGGUUCAAGAAUUGUCCUUAUCCAGUUGUGUGCUUACCACCUGAUGACAUGAAGAAUAGUGAGCGCAUGAAGCCUAAUGGAUCUAAUUGUAAAGAGGAGGAGGAGAAUCCUCAAGCUAUGAAGCCGUUUGGCGAUUUCAGGCCCCUCCAGCAACCAAAUGUCUGGAAUUUAUGGCCUUCUAAUCAUGGGAACAACUCGGAGUCACCAAAGCAAAGGGGAGAUUUGCCUGGAAAACAACAAGAUGAUGAUGUGAACAGGAAGCAGUUUCCAUUUCCAAUAAUCUGGAUGCCUUAUAAACCCGAGGAUGACAGAGAGAAAGUCAGUAAGGAGACCGAGUCUUGCCUCAUUGCUGAGAAGGAGCCAACCUCCUCCUCAAAUUUAACCAAACCAAUGUUGCAUGAUUCUGAAGACAAGAGCAGCACUUUUAAAGAAAAUGAAGUGAAUGGUGGAAGUGAAACCCAUGGAAAGGGACUGAAUAAAGAGUCUCUUGUAAAAACCAUUCCUGUAAAGCAAGUGGAGCAGAAUGAGGUCUUGGAUGGAAAAGAAGAGGAAGCUUCCCAGAGGCAUGAUAGUGAUGCUAAACAGAAGAAAAUCACUCAAGAAGGUAGUAAAAAGCAGUCCCCUUCUCCUACAAAGUCAUCCAAGUUGCCUCCUGUUUGUCUAAGGGUUGAUCCUCUGCCUAGGAAGAAAAGCAGUAAUGGCAAUUCUAGAUCUCCUAGUCCUCCUGGUGGGAAAGGGAAAUUAGUAGAAUCGAGCAGUGACAACUCCAAACCUCCCAUCUUAUCAAAUAAGAAGGAGCAUGUUCAACUAGACAAAUCAUCAACAACAAGCAUGCCGGAAAAAAACAUAGAAGUGGAGCCAAGUAAAAGCAAAACAAAAGUUGUUGAAGUUUCCCAAGGGAAGUCUAAAGAAGAUAAACUUCAGGAUCAAUGUACUUUUUUCCCUGAUCUGAAACGCCAGGCAAGGAGCCAAACUGGUGAGGUUGAUACUGGUAAAGCUACCAAUGAGCCAAAAGAUCUACCUGAUGGAGUAGCUGCAAAAGCUAAGCCCAGCAAUGAAGGACAUCAGAGAGGUGAGGCCAGAGAAGCAGCGAAUGGAGAUGUGGAUGCAGGCGAUGAGAUGAAAGGAGAAAAGAGGAUUCAACCGUCCGAUGAUAAGGCAGCUACCAUGAUUCAGUCGGCAUACCGAGGUUUCAAUGUACGGAGAUGGGAGCCUCUGAAGAAAUUAAAGCAGAUAGCCAAAAUAGAGGAGCAAAUGGCUGAGAUGAAAAAACAUAUUCAGGAUUUGGAGAGCUCAGCUGACAAUGGAGUCGACAACAAGCAGAGAACUAUUAUCACAGAAGUCAUAAUGGGUCUUCUGCUGAAGCUAGACACUAUUCAGGGGUUACAUCCAACUGUUAGGGAAUAUAGAAAAUCUGUUGCAAAGGAGCUUGUUAGCCUGCAGGAGAAGCUGGAUCUUCUGAACUGUAAGAAGCAACCAGCAGAAAGUGAACUGACUUUAACUGCCAAAUCUAGUGAGGAUAGAUGCACGACGGUGGUAGACAACGUUUCCUUGCAGGGCGGACUGGAGGCGCAAAAGUUGGAACGGGAUCAUGAAUUAGCUAAGGGGGAUGAAGGAAUAAAGUUUGAUGCAAAGGGACUUUCUGAAGAGAAGGCUCUUUUUGCAACAGAGAUGCUACCUAACUCUCAUGAUGUAGGCAAUGCAGUAUUGGAGGGAAAGGAAGAAAACAAGGACGUUGAGGAGGUAGUGGAGGACAUGUCGGGUGGCAGUGCAGUGAAGAAAGGAUAUGGGGCAUCAGUAAAACCUUUUGAAGUUGAAGAAAAAGCAGAUAAGUUACUUGAUGAGAAUGCAGCAGUAGUUGAGAAAGUAGAAGAGCAUGGAGGUGGUGUGGAUGAAUUGGAAGAACUCCCUCGAGGAGUCCUUGAUGAAGAGACCAGCGUUGAAGAUUCUGCUGAAAUCAAAGAAGACGUAGUCCUCCAAAAUGACAAAGGAGACCUUACUGCACUUAUCCCUGGAGAAAAAGUCUCUGAUACAGCGAGUCUAGAGCACCACCACUUGGAAGCAUUGGGUGAAACACCAGUCAUUUUGGGGCCCGAGAAUACACACAGUAGCAAUGGACAAGAAGACAAUGCAGAAAUUCUGGAAAGAGAUGCAGCAGUAGCGAUUGACACUCCCAAACGAGAGAUAGAAGAUACAAGACCAGUAUGUGAAGAUGUAAACAUAUCUGAUGUGGAUGAUAAGGUUGGUGUGGAGAAGAACGAAAAGGAGCUUGAACAACGUGGUAGUGCAUCAGAUGGUUUUUCAAUACCAUCACAGGAAGACGCAAUCACCACAAAGCAGCCUACAGAUACUACCAACACAGCGGAUUCAGAAACAGUUGGGGUUCUACAGGAGAAAAUGCAAAAUGCAAUAGACAGAGAUAGUGAAAUCCGUGAUUCAGGAAAAAACAUAGAACAAUCGUCAGAUACCGUUACCAAUGAUGAAGCUCAGGAGUACCUCAUUCAGGAUAAGCAGAAAGUUGGGGAGGAAAAUAAGGAGGUGCAAGGUGAGGAAUUACCAGCUCGCAAUGACGCUGCCGUCUCUGAACCUGAUGAUGAAGGCAAAGAGCACAAUGUGGAAGUUGAGCAGAGGCAUGAGGAGGAGAACUUCGAGAUGCAGGGGAAAGAACCAGUGGAGGCCGAUAAUGCUGCACCUGUGACUGAGGAACCAGAGGACAGAAGUAAAGCUAUGGCUACUCCAACAUCAGAAGCUGCAACUACCGGGACAAAGCUGUCAGGGGAGAAAGAGCUUGAUGAAGCAGAGGACCACAGCACAUAUACAUCAACAUGUGAUGCUUUGGAAGGUAAUUCUGCUGAUGCUUCUCAUUCAUUUGGUUCGACGCCUACUGAAGUACAAGUUAUGGGUACAAACGAGCUUAAAGAAUGGAAGAAAGUGGACAUAUCACCAUCAUCACCAACUGCUAGCCAAGUAUCCUGUGACAGUGAUGCGCUGUCUGAGAGCGACAGAAAACUUAUAGAGGAGAAUGAAAAAUUAAGGGAGAUGAUGGAGAAACUAAUCAAAUCAGGGAAUGAACAACUAAGUGCCAUAUCGAGUCUUUCUGGAAGAGUUAAGGACCUGGAGAAGAAAUUGUCCAAGAAGAAGAAGCUGAAAUUGAAACGAAAUAGGGUACCACCAACUGGAUCAGCCUGUGUAAAGCCAUUGAAUGACUCACUUAGAGAGAGAGCUGUGGGGUUGGCAAUGUAAGUUCAAAAAUCUUGGUGAUUCGUUUUGAUGUAAUAAUAGUUUGGUUCAUGUGGUCUGUUUGUGUUCCAUUGUAUGCUAUGUAUAAGUACGUCUUUGUCUGCUCAGUUGUUGUCCCUUCUGGUUUUGCUUCUUAUGCAAUAGAAGACUUCAAACUUGUUUGGCA